AAAACAAAGUGUCCGCAGACGAAGGAGCAGACCUGUAUGUGCGUAAAAAAAAAAUAAAAAAUAAAAAAUCACCCCCAAAAAGUGCCAAAUCUCAUGGAGAUGAAGAAGUCCGUCAGGUUCGCCGUGGUGUGCGUCGGAGUGUCUCUGCUCAUCUCCUGCCAGUCCGUCGAAGCCUGGUACAAGCAGGUGACCGGACCCAGCUACUACUCUGUGGGCCGCGCCUCCGGGCUGCUGUCCGGCAUCAGGAGGUCUCCGACCGUCCGGAGAGCUGAGUCCGAGGAGACGGUGAUGGACAGCGGGGAGGCGGCGGGAAACAACUUGAUCCAAGAGACCAACAAGCAAAUCUCCGUCCUGAAGAACAUGGCCAUCUGCCUGAAGGACAUCUCUCCAAACCUGAAGAGCUGCGAGCUGCUGCAGGACGGGACGGGAACCUUCCAGUGCAAGGCAGACGUCUUCCUCACCCUGGACUCCUUGGACUGCCUGUCCGCAUGAGUCUCCGUGAAUCCUCCUCACCAUCAUCCAAAAAAAAGAGAGAAAGAAAACAGACAGAAAGAGAGAGAAAAACCAGAGAUUUUAUCUGGAAAAGCAGAAAAAAAAUCAAAACAGAGAUGAGGGAUGGAUGGAGAUUUUGCUUUGAUGACGGACCGUUGCAGACUUUGAAUGUUUUCUCUUAUUUAAAGAAAAAUGCUUAAAAAAAAA